AUGCCUCCUUUCUCACAAUCCUCCCCUAUAUCAAAUGGGUUUUCGCUCAAUCACAACAAAUUCAACCAAACAAACCACCAACCCUCCACCAAUGCCAUCACCAUUGAUGUGGGUGGUCAACUCUUUCAAACCACCAAACAAACCCUAACCCUAGCUGGUUCCAAGACCCUUUUCUCUAAUCUCUUUGAUUCAUGUGAUCAAGACAACAAUGGCGUCCCAUUUAUCGACAGAGACCCUGAACUGUUCUCGGUUCUUCUUUCGUUGUUGAGAACAGGUAAUCUUCCAUCAAAAGCAAAAGCAUUCGACAUUCAAGAUAUCAUAUUCGAAGCAAAGUUUUACGGAAUUAAUGAUCUUCUAGUUGAAUCACAAUCAAACCCAUCUCAAUUUGAACCUUUCGACCUCGAAAAAUCAAUAAUUUUGCCUCUGAGUGGUAGAGAUUCACCUUCUGCGAUUGCAACAACACCAAACGGGUCACUUCAUGUUUCCCAUGGUAGCAAAAUCACAUCCUUUGAUUGGUCUUUACAAAGAAAGUCGACAACUUUGACCAAUUUCACAGCUAUCGAUUCUUUAUUAGCUUUAUCCCCAAAUAUCGUAGCAGCUGGCGCUACAGACUUUUCUGGGUUACAGAUUCUUGAUCUGGAUUUGGGUUUCGUUAGACAAACUCUAAAUUGGGAAAAUGUUACGAAAUCCAGCUCAACUGUUCAAGCAAUUGGGAUUUCCCCUGAAUUCUUGUUCACUAGCUUCGAAUCAGGUCGAAGAAAUUCAAAUUCAAUCAUGGUUUAUGAUCUUAAAGAUGAUUUCAAACUUGUUUCAGAAAUCGCCCAUAAUGAAAUCUUUGGUGCUGAUCUUGAUUCCGCAAUCCCAUCUACAAAAUUGAAUUGGGUUCCUAGUGUUAAUCUGUUAAUGGCUUCUGGGUCUCAUAGUGGUCCUUUUGGGGUUUCAGGAAACAUAAAGUUUUGGGACAUAAGAUCUGGGAGGGCAGUUUGGGAAAUUAAAGAAAAUGUUGAUUGUUUUUCGGAUAUAACAGUUUCUGAUGCCCUUUCGGCUGUUUUCAAGAUUGGUGUAAACUCAGGGGAGGUUUCUUACAUUGAUUUAAGAAAUUUUGGAUCUAAUAACUCAUGGAAUUGUCUUGGUGACACUCGAAAAGUUAACAACGGCAAGAAAGAAGGGUUUGGGUGUAAGAUUGAAAGCCAUGGGAACCAAGUUUUUUGUGGUAAGAAAGGGGAAUUGGAGUUAUGGUCGGAGGUUUUGAUGGGUUCUUUGAACAAUGAAAAAGAUCGAAUUUUUAGGAAGAAUGUUUUAGGGAGAGUGAAGGAUUUGGGUGGAAAUAGGAUCACGAAUGUGGGAUUUGGAGGAAACAAGAUGUUUGUGACAAGGAAAGAUCAACAAUGUGUUGAAGUUUGGCAAAGUUCAGGGAGAAGAUUUUGA